UGCUGCCUGAGGAAACACUUCAUCGCGUGGAGGGUGCAGGACAUUGCUGCUCGUCUAUAUGAGGACGGGGUUUGGGCGGGGGGGCCAGCGAUAGCCGAGAGAUUCCUUGUCUUUUCUCUAAAAGGAAGGUGGGUAGUUUGGAGAGAGAUUGAGAGAGAGGGUGGAUGUGGCAGCCAAGCAGCCGAACUCUGAUUUAGGAAAUCGCGACCCAUUUGCACAGCUUGCGCUCAGGUACCUAAUACUACUACAGCUUUUCAGAAAACACCUUCUGGGGGAAGGUUUGACUUCUCUCGAACCGUCUCCGUUUUCCUGUUUUUAAAAGCUUAACUGUGGAAAGCUGCUUGGAUACGAAGAGAUGACAUGAUGUGAAUGACUCCAGUGUGAAGAAAUCUGCUUCGCCAACUCAUCCUGCAUCAAGUGCCCAUUGAGCAGCACUGUCCCUUUAAUGUCUCCAUGCCAAGGGAUUGCUUUCCUCCUUUUCAGUCCUCUCCGUUAAUAAAUGGGAGGAUCAGAAUCAGAGGGGCUGUAAGGAUCAAGCCCGAGGGGCUUGGAGAGCACGGGAGAAAAAAAUGAAAGUGACAGCAAGCUGGAUCCUGUCUUACUAAGGGGGUGAGAUCUGAAACUUCUGGUCCAGUAAAUAGAAAGGGGCCUUUCAGUCUGUGUUCUGCUCCAGAAAACUGUUCAAAUUCACCCACCUUUUUAGAGACCACAAAGAGGUUGUAGAAAGUGUUUUUUGAGGGGAGUUAAAUUUUUCUUUAAAGAAGUGAGAAUCUUCAUCAACCAGUUCAUCUUAGAUUUUGACUAUGUAUUGAGUAAUGAGACAGCUGUGUGAAUUUGGUUUGUGCCUUAACCGAUUUAGUCACUGAAUUCCAAAAGUGUUGCUGCCUGAAGAGAAGUUUUAAUAACGUUUUCUGUGCUUACAACAAUUUUCUCAGCUUUUUUUAAACAAUACUUAUUUUAUAAAAAUUGAUAAACUUGAGAAACUCAGAAGUUAUUUUUCUCUAAACUGGGCAGUAUCAAAAGCUUAACUGUGGAAAAAGAAGAGAAGACAGCCUGGAUUUCAAAAUUAACAGUGAAGUGGUUUGCAACAGUUACCUGGCUCUUGGCCUUAAUCUAGCAGGAACAAGCUGAGAUCUGAAAAGAGACGUGAAUCCUGGGGCAGUGGAAAGACCCAAGAAUGCCAGUCAAGAAGAAAGAUACUGAUCGAGCUUUAUCAUUACUGGAAGAAUACUGCAAAAAAUUAAGGAAACCAGAGGAGCAGCAGUUGAAAAAUGCUGUUAAAAUGGUGAUGGGUAUUUUUAAAAGCAGCUUAUUCCGAGCUCUGCUAGAUAUUCAAGAAUUUUAUGAGGUGACAUUGCUAAACUCUCAAAAAAGUUGUGAGCAGAAGAUAGAAGAAGCCAAUCAAGUUGCACAGAAAUGGGAGAAGACAUCCCUUCUUGCUCCAUGCCAUAAUGACCUUCAAAAGUCUGCAGAGCUUACAGGUUGCAGUGGGUCAAAGGAAAAUGCUUCAUGUAUUGAGCAAAAUAAAGACUAUCAGUGUUUUGAAAAUGAAACCGAUGAAAAGAAAAGGCAAAACCAAGGCAAGUGCCCAGCCCAGAACUGUUCAGUGGAAGCCCCUGCUUGGAUGCCUGUGCACCACUGUACUAAGUAUCGAUAUCAAGAUGAAGAUGCUCCGCAUGAUCAUUCCUUACCUCGACUAACCCACGAAGUGAGAGGCCCUGAACUUGUGCAUGUGUCAGAAAAGAACCUGUCUCAAAUAGAAAAUGUCCACGGCUACGUCUUGCAGUCUCACAUCUCUCCUCUGAAGGCCAGCCCUGCUCCUAUAAUUGUGAACACAGAUACUUUGGAUACGAUUCCUUAUGUCAAUGGGACAGAAAUUGAAUAUGAGUUUGAAGAAAUUACAUUGGAGAGGGGGAAUUCUGGCCUGGGCUUCAGUAUUGCUGGAGGGACGGAUAAUCCCCAUAUUGGAGAUGACCCUGGAAUAUUUAUUACGAAGAUUAUACCAGGAGGUGCUGCUGCAGAGGAUGGCAGACUCAGGGUCAAUGACUGUAUCCUGCGGGUGAAUGAGGUCGACGUGUCAGAGGUUUCCCACAGCAAAGCGGUAGAAGCCCUCAAAGAAGCAGGGUCGAUCGUUCGGCUGUAUGUCCGUAGAAGACGGCCCAUUUUGGAGACUGUUGUGGAAAUCAAACUGUUCAAAGGGCCUAAAGGUUUAGGUUUCAGUAUUGCAGGAGGUGUGGGAAACCAACACAUUCCUGGAGACAACAGCAUUUACGUAACUAAAAUUAUAGAUGGAGGCGCUGCACAAAAAGAUGGAAGGUUGCAAGUAGGAGACAGACUUCUCAUGGUAAACAACUACAGUUUAGAAGAAGUAACACAUGAAGAGGCAGUAGCAAUACUGAAGAACACAUCAGAUGUAGUUUAUCUAAAAGUUGGCAAACCCACCACCAUUUAUAUGACUGACCCUUAUGGUCCUCCUGACAUUACUCACUCUUAUUCUCCACCGAUGGAAAACCAUCUACUCUCUGGCACGAGUGGCACUUUAGAAUACAAAACCUCCUUGCCGCCCAUCUCUCCAGGACGGUACUCACCAGUUCCCAAGCACAUGCUUGUUGAAGACGAUUACACCAGGCCUCCGGAACCUGUUUACAGCACUGUGAACAAACUUUGUGAUAAGCCUGCUUCUCCCAGGCACUAUUCCCCUGUCGAGUGUGACAAAAGCUUCCUUCUCUCAGCUCCCUACCCCCACUACCACCUAGGCCUGCUCCCUGACUCUGAGAUGACCAGUCAUUCACAACACAGCACUGCAACCCGCCAGCCUUCAGUGACUCUGCAAAGGGCCAUCUCCCUGGAAGGGGAGCCCCGCAAGGUGGUCCUGCACAAAGGCUCCACUGGCCUGGGCUUCAACAUCGUGGGCGGGGAAGAUGGAGAAGGUAUUUUUGUAUCCUUCAUUCUGGCUGGUGGCCCAGCAGACCUGAGUGGGGAGCUCCAGAGAGGAGACCAGAUCCUAUCCGUGAAUGGCAUUGACCUCCGUGGAGCAUCUCAUGAGCAGGCUGCUGCUGCGUUAAAGGGCGCUGGGCAGACGGUGACGAUUAUAGCACAGUACCAGCCUGAAGAUUACGCUCGAUUUGAGGCCAAAAUCCAUGACCUACGAGAGCAGAUGAUGAAUCACAGCAUGAGCUCCGGGUCUGGAUCCCUGCGAACCAACCAGAAACGCUCCCUCUAUGUCAGAGCCAUGUUUGACUAUGACAAGAGCAAGGACAGUGGGCUGCCAAGUCAAGGACUUAGUUUUAAAUACGGAGAUAUUCUCCAUGUUAUCAACGCCUCUGAUGAUGAGUGGUGGCAAGCCAGGAGAGUCACACUGGAGGGAGACAGUGAGGAGAUGGGGGUCAUCCCCAGCAAACGGAGGGUGGAAAGAAAGGAACGUGCCCGAUUGAAGACAGUGAAGUUUAACGCAAAACCUGGAGUGAUUGAUUCAAAAGGGUCAUUCAAUGACAAGCGUAAAAAGAGCUUCAUCUUUUCACGAAAAUUCCCAUUCUACAAGAACAAGGAGCAGAGUGAGCAGGAAACCAGUGAUCCUGAACGAGGGCAAGAAGACUUCAUUCUUUCUUACGAGCCUGUCACAAGGCAGGAAAUAAACUACACCCGACCGGUGAUUAUCCUGGGCCCCAUGAAAGAUCGGAUCAAUGACGACUUGAUAUCUGAAUUCCCUGACAAAUUUGGCUCCUGUGUGCCUCACACUACGAGGCCAAAGCGUGACUACGAGGUGGAUGGCAGAGACUAUCACUUUGUCAUUUCCAGAGAACAAAUGGAGAAAGAUAUCCAAGAGCACAAGUUUAUAGAAGCCGGCCAGUACAAUGACAACUUAUAUGGAACCAGUGUGCAGUCUGUGAGAUUUGUAGCAGAAAGGGGCAAACACUGUAUACUUGACGUAUCAGGAAAUGCUAUCAAACGGUUACAAGUUGCCCAGCUCUAUCCCAUCGCCAUCUUCAUUAAGCCCAAGUCUCUGGAACCGCUGAUGGAGAUGAAUAAGCGUCUAACAGAGGAACAAGCCAAGAAAACCUAUGAUCGUGCAAUUAAGCUAGAACAAGAAUUUGGAGAAUAUUUUACCGCUAUUGUCCAAGGAGACACCUUAGAAGACAUCUAUAACCAAUGCAAGCUUGUUAUUGAAGAGCAGUCUGGGCCUUUCAUCUGGAUUCCCUCAAAGGAAAAGCUAUAAAUUAGCUACUGCACCUCCAACAGCAACAGAAGAGCAUUUAGAAGAACAAAAUAUAUAUAAUAUACUACUUGGA